AUGACGACCGCAAAAGCAACCCAGCGUGAGUCUACCACGACGGCAUUCACUAUGAGAGAUCCGCCAUACGCAUACUUUCAACUCUCAUCAAGAUCGCUUUCCCCUCAGGCCUCGCAGGGCUUGGACGACAUUACAGCCCGCUCGUACCUCACAGCAGCGUUACAACAGUAUCUGGGCUUGACCGGCGUGGCUAUCCCCGUCGACAUCCUGAAAACGGAGGAAUUUAGCGUCUGGAUCAGAGUGCCGCGAGAUGAUGAAGCCGCGGUCACAGCUGCGGUGAGCCAAUGGGCUUCACAGAAGGGGGUGAGUCUGAAGAUCGACGCAAGAGGGAGCUGGUUAGGCGGAGUGGUUGCCAGGGGAGGAAGAGACGCGAAGCUUUGGACUUUGGAGCGAUGA